AUGAGACCUUAUAAGUGUUCUAUAUGUGAAAAGAGUUUUGCAAGGAAAGGCGUUUUGAAGGGUCAUCUCACAAGAUGUCAUACUGGAGAGAAGCCUUAUAAGUGUUCUACAUGUGAAAAAUAUUUUGUGACGAAAGAGUAUUUGAAGUUACAUCACUCAAGGGUUCAUACUGGAGAGAGACCUUAUAAGUGCUCUACAUGUGAAAAAUCUUUUGCGGCGAAAGAUCAUUUGAGGCGUCACAUAAGGGUUCAUACUGGAGGGAAGAGACAUUAUAAAUGUUCUAUAUGUGAAAAGAUUUUUACAACGAAAGACGUUUUGAAGGGUCAUCUCACAAGAUGUCAUACUGGAGAGAAGCCUUAUAAGUGUUCUACAUGUGAAAAAUAUUUUGUGACGAAAGUCGUUUUGAAGUUACAUCACUCAAGGGUUCAUACUGGAGAGAGACCUUAUAAGUGUUCUACAUGUGAAAAAUCUUUUGCAGCAAAACAAACUUUGGAGGAACAUCACACAAGGAUUCAUACUGGAGAGAUACCUUAUAAGUGCUCUACAUGUGAAAAAUCUUUUGCGACGAAAGAUGAUUUGAGGGGUCACAUAACGGUUCAUACUGGAGAGAGACCUUAUAAGUGUUCUACAUGUGAAAAAUCUUUUGCAGCAAAACUAACUUUGAAGGAUCAUCACACAAGGGUUCAUACUGGAGAGAGACCUUAUAAGUGCUCUUCAUGUGAAAAAUCUUUUGCAACAAAAGAUGAUUUGAGGCGUCACAUAAGGGUUCAUACUGGAGGGAAGAGACAUUAUAAAUGUUCUAUAUGUGAAAAGAUUUUUACAACCAAAGGCGCUUUGAAGGUUCAUUACACAAGGGUUCAUACAGGAGAAAAAGAGAAAAGGAAUCUGAAUAUUACCUUAUAAUCUGAAUGUUAAUCUCUUAUAAUCUGAAUGUUGGUACCUUAUAAGUUCUCUACACGUGAAAACACUUUUGCAACAAAAGAUUAUUUGAGGUGUCAUCACACAGGAGUUCAUGGAGGAGAGAGACCUUAUAAGGCACACGUCCACACUCUUGAUUCUUUUCAUUUGAUCAAUGAAAUACUUAACAA